GGGCUGCUCAGGCUCCAGCAGCACGACCCUGUGCAUCAGCACUUUUCUCUCUCUCUGUCUCUGUAUGUGUGUGUAUACUGUGUGUCCCGCAGGAGGGUUGGUGUGAGCGCGCAUGCAUGUGUCCUGCCAAAAGCCUGAAUAAUUGAUGAGCAGGGGAAGGAGUGAAACUGCUGCUGGACAGGACGGUGUGUGUGGGAGCGUGUAGAGAUGGGGGAGAGGAAUACAGCGAGGCAGCAGCCUGGCUACAAUGGGCUCUGCAACUACGCCCAAAAAAUCACCUCCUGCUUCGGACUGGAUGUGGCUCAUGCGCAGGACACACACCACCACUCCACAGAGAAGCCCCUGAUUCAGUGCUACAAGUGUGGGGAGCCAUGUAAGGGUGAGGUGCUGCGGGUGCAGAACAAGCACUUCCACCUCAAGUGCUUCACGUGUAAAGUGUGCGGCUGUGACCUCGCCCAGGGGGGCUUCUUCAUGAAGAAUGGAGAGUAUCUGUGCACGCUGGACUACCAACGCAUGCACGGCACCCGCUGUAAUGGCUGUGGGGACUUUGUGGAGGGGGAAGUGGUCACUGCCCUGGGCAAGACCUACCACCCUGCGUGCUUCGUCUGCACCAUCUGCAAACGACCGUUCCCUGCUGGGGACAGGGUGACCUUUAACGGGAAGGACUGUCUUUGUCAGUACUGUGUCGAGCCCAUGUCUCCAGGACCAAAGGACAUCCUGGGCUCCAGCAAUUGUGCAGGAUGUGGUCGAGACAUUAAGAACGGACAGGCCCUUUUAGCAUUGGACAGGCAGUGGCAUCUGGGCUGCUUUAAGUGUAAAGCCUGCAGCAAAGUGCUUACCGGGGAGUACAUCAGCAAGGAUGGCGCCCCCUACUGUGAGAAGGACUACCAGAUCCAUUUUGGAGUUCAGUGUGAGGCGUGUCAUCAGUUCAUCACGGGGAAGGUGCUUGAGGCUGGAGAUAAGCACUACCACCCCAGCUGUGCGAGAUGCAGCAGGUGCAACCAGAUGUUCACAGAAGGAGAAGAAAUGUAUCUGCAAGGAUCAACAGUUUGGCAUCCUGGCUGCAAGAACACUACCAGAACGGAGGAGAGACACAGGGAGCGGCCUACAAGGUCGUCGUCCGAGAGUAUUUGUUCCAGACCUGGUUCAAGCAUACCUGGCUCACCGGGUCACACGAUCUAUGCAAAAGUAGACAAUGAGAUCCUUGAUUACAGAGACCUAGCUGCUAUUCCAAAAGUCAAAGCCAUUUAUGACAUUGAGCGCCCUGAUCUUAUUACCUAUGAACCUAUGUACACCACCUCCCUGGAUGAGAGAGAGGAGAGACGAGAGAGUGUGGGAGAGCUCCACACUGCCAGGAGGGAGCGUUCCCCCUUGCCCGAUGACAAGUGCUCAAGAAACAUGUCGCCAACCCCACCCCCUGAGGGCUCUUACGAGAGGAGGGAACGCAUCCUCCAAAGGUCCACCAGUCAGGGCUCCAUAGGAUCCCCAGUUUAUAAUCGCCAUGGUUACACCCCCACCUUGUCACGGUCACCACAGCAUUUUCACAGGCCAGAUCAGGGGAGCAACAUCUACAGAAAACCACCCAUCUACAAACAACAUGAUACAGCUGCCAUAGCACGUCAAAGCAAGUCUGCUGAUGACAUCAUCAGAUUCGCCACCUUCCCCGCUGCCCAUGUUCCCUCUCCAGAUGACAGCUCAUGCAGUGAGGGCGGUCGUUGGCCCUGCUCUCUCGCUGUAUUAGCACCGAUAGGUUCAGAAGGGAGGAGACGAUCCAGAGAAGAGGAGGAAGAAGAGGCCUUGAAAAGAAGGCAGCUCCAGGAGGAACAUCUCAGCAAGGUCAGUGAGAUUCAGUCUGGUUUGGGAAAACUAAUUCUGAAGGAGGAGAUGGAAAAAGAACAGAUCAGGGAGCGUCACGCACGCAGCCUCUCUGCGCAGCGCUUCGACCCCAAACAGACAAACUGUGACGCAGAUCCAACUUCUCCAACAAAAACUAACUCUUUGCCUGGCUAUGGAAGGAACGGGUUGCAUCGGCCCCAGUCAACAGAUUUCACCCAGUACAACAGCUAUGGCGACAUGUGUGGAGGAGGCAGAGAGUUUCAGCACAUUAAGGAUGGCCGUGCAGCACUUGCAAGGAUGGACAGGGGAGUAUCUAUGCCUAAUAUGUUGGAGCCAAAAGUGUAUCCCUAUGAAAUGCUCAUGAUAACCAGUAGAGGGAGAGCUAAACUGCCCAGGGAUGUGGACAGAACCAGACUGGAGCGCCACUUAGCACCUGAAACGUUCUUUGACAUCUUUGGAAUGGAGAUCCAGGAGUUUGACAGGCUUCCCCUGUGGAAACGCAACGACAUGAAAAAGAAGGCCAAGCUCUUCUAGCACUCAGAGCAGCAUGCAUAUACUGUACAUUCAUUCAGAUAGCACACAACAACUGUACUCUAGAUGUAGGUUUUGAUUUAUUUCCUUUUCUUCUGUUUUUUUGUUUGUUUGUUUGUUUGUUUUAUCCUGACAUAAUCAAGGAAGCCAUGAAAUGGACUCUUUUUUCUCUGAUGCUUCCUGAGACUGUGAGCUGAAUGAUUUGUCCAGUUAGACUUGCACAGAAACCAAGGAAUGGAAUCUCUUCCAUGUUCAAAAAUGACAAAGAAUGAGAAUGAAUGAUAAUUAGGGUCAUGUUAUUUGGUUUGAUCGCGCUUGUUUUACUUCUUGCUUUGCUUUGAGUGGAACUGCUUUCCUUUACUUUCUUGCUUGUUUAUUCCUACUAUUUGUUGCUGUUGAUUCCUGUGGAACUUUGUAAGUACAGUAGAACCUCAUGGCGCCAUUACUAAAUGUCCAUGCUCGUAGCCUGAACAUGUGUCAGCUUUCCUUCGCUUGGGCUGAAACAGUUUUAGUCCAAAGUUUGCAAGAAUCGGCUCAAUGAGUCUUUGAAUUAAAAAAAAAAAAGCCACUAGGAAAGCAGUCAGCUGACCCACCACCUGUCUUUCUGGAUCUACAUGGAAAUGAAUCAUCCAAGCACCUACAUAUCAUCAGUCUCCUUUCCCCGGCUACUGUACACGCCAAACAUUCAUCUGGCCCUGACAAAAAGAAAAUGUCUCUCUUCUCAGGCUCUCAUAAACAUGACCAGACACUUUCCCUUUACAUGUAUUGGAAAAACAAAUCCUAAUAUAUUUUAUUGCCGUAUCUAACAUACAGUAACCAACAAAUAGGUAAAACAAAUAAGGUAAGAAGCAACUGUAUUUGAAAGUACUGUUUUAUAAAUGAAAACCCACACUGCCAUUUGUUGUAUUGAAAUCUAAGCCAAUAAAGCUUUAA